AAGUUUGUAAGGGCAACAGAAGAGGGGAGAAGAACCAAAGAAGGCUUAAGAGAAUCAGAAAUGCUUAAUGGAAGAGACAAAGUCUUCGUGGACGAUGACGACGACGACGACGACGGCACGUUCUUAUCUCUGGUGGAAGCAGCUGAGGCAGAUGCUCUGUCACGGAAGCGUAGAAAGAUCGACGGACAAGCGUCACAAGCCUCUGCCUUCCAGAAGAAACAAGAAGAAGGAGCUUACAUUGCCGCUCUUAAAGGCAGCAAUAGCCUCCAAUGGCAGCAGCAACAGUCCAAAAAUUCCACUCCUCUUCGCAGCAGAUCACAAGGGGCUGCAAAGGCCGGAAACUCGGUCAUUGAUGGUGGAGCUGCUAGCAGCGGUGGCUCCUGCUUCAAAUGCGGCAAAUUGGGUCACUGGGCUCGCGACUGUGGUGCCCUAGGAGGAGGAGGAGCGGAUCGUGAGAAUCAUGAUCCCUCUGUGGUGGAGAAACCGUGCCCAUGUGGAUUGGGCACUUGUUUGGUUCUCACUGCCAACACUGAGAAAAAUCGUGGUCGCAAGUUUUACAAAUGUCCUGUUCGGCAGGAAAAUGGAGGCUGUGGUUUCUUUGAGUGGUGUGAUAACUCCUCAGGAACUCCCGUUUUCAAUGGAGCCCAGAUUCAACCAUCAAACUCUUCAUAUCCAGAUCUUCAGUGUCCUUGUGGUGCAGGCUCUUGCUUAGUUUUGACGGCGAAGACAGGAAAAAAUGUGGGCCAGCAGUUCUACCGUUGUCCUGCUAAUCAGGGAAGUUCUUGUGGUUUCUUCAAAUGGUGCAGUGAACAAACUUCAGCAGUUGGGCUCCCAAUGAGUGCUUCACAGGUCUGCAGUAGCUUUAAUGAUGCAAGCAGCAAAAACCAUAAUGGAUGGAGUAUUUCAACCUGUUUCAAAUGUGGGCAGGACGGCCACUGGGCUAGGGACUGCCCCAAGCCUUCAUCUGAUUCUCCUGCUGGAGCUGGAGGAAUGUCUGCUUCAUCAGGCACUUGUUACAAGUGCAACAAGCCUGAUCAUUGGGCCAGAGACUGUACCGGUCAAGAUAUGAAAGUUCGUCGCAUGUGGUAGAACUUUUGGUUUGUAUCAAAGUUAUGGUUGUAAAUAGGAAGCUUUCAGUGCUGGUUACUGCAUCUCCGGUUCAUGUACAUUGAUAUUAUAUGUAGCAGCAAUUUGCAAAGCAUUACAAUUUCUGCAACUGAUGAUAUUUCUUUGAAGCAUUGAUCAACUUAGGAGCUUUCUAUAUGCUGACAAUUCACAAAUAAAUCACUUCCAAUAUGUGGGACAGAACAUUUUGUUGUUUAGGCUUUUA